UUUGAUUUCAUUUUAAGGCCUUUUCUUGUGUUUUUUUUAUUUUACUUUGUUUUUUGUUUGGGUAAUAACGAGUUUCUUUCCCACUCUUAUUUUUUCUUGAAUGUACAUAAUGGUCAGGUUUUCUACUCGAUUUCCAUUGGCGUGUUUUCCCCUUCUGAACAUUAUGCUCAUUUUAAGGAAAACUAGAGGGGACCGGAGUUAUUUGCUCCCACUAUUUUUUAGGAUGUACAAAUGGUCAGGUGUCCUCGACAUCCCUUAUCUGUUUUCCCACUCCUGACCAUUAUGUGCAUUUUAAGAAAAAUAAAGGGUGAUGGGGGCUCAAAACUCGGCAUUCCCCUUAUUUCUUUAAUUUUUACUUAAUUUUAAGCCUAAACUUUUUGCAGGAUCUAAAAAACUAAAAAUCAAAUCUAAAAAUGAGCCGUUACACUGGUGGUCGUCUCGAUGUUAAAGCGCGUACAAUGAAAUACGCUGUAUUAGAUCCUGAUGUAGCUUCAAAAUAUGAAGAUUUGGACGAUGAUGAAGGGACUUCUUACAGAGCAAAAAAGUCCUAUCGAAGAGACGGUUCUCAAUUACAAAAAAAGAUGCUUGGAAUAAUUGAAGGACAUAUUUCCAAAGGACAACAGCCAAUUAGUCGAAGCAGAGAUUUUGUUCGGAAUACAUAUAUCUACGAAAUCACGGUUUGCUUUUUUUUUAUUUUUAAUUAA